AAGGAGAGCAGGGAUCCUUCACGCCUUCUUUGCCCUCGAUAGGGCUACUACUUUCAUCCCUGCUAGCGAGUUUGCGGUCUAGUCUGGUAGGCUAUGGGACUGGGCCAAACACCUCAAGUCGGACUCAUUCAUUUUCUACUGUUACCUUCUAGAUUCCUACAUUGGUCGCUUCCAUGUUUUCAAGGUACUUCUCUUUUGGUGGUGGCUUAUGAUUACUAUGGCACAAUGGCACAAGGUCGAGCUAAACGCCCUCAUAAGAAGACAAAGACCGGGUGCAUGACCUGCAGAAACCGGCGCAUAAAAUGCGAUGAAGCGAAGCCCAAAUGUCGGCAGUGCACAGAAUCUCUACGAACGUGCGAGUAUCAAGCACCUCAAACAUGGCUCUUCAAGCCUCGAAAACCCCAGGAAAAGUCCCAAGGCAACGGCAAUCUCAUCCAGUCCGUCUCUCCCCUGACUCCUAUGGGUGAUGCCAGCGACAAACGCUCUUUGCAAUUCUGGGUCGAACAAGCAGCUCCUAUCUUCUCCUGCUACUUUGGUAAAGUCAUUGUUUCUCCUUCCGAGUUCUUCACUCAUUCCUUUCAACCAGGGCACUCCUUCUGGACUCAAUUGCUUCCUCAAAUCGGGUUUGUUCGCCCUCCAAUCAAACACAUGUUGCUUGCCACCUCAUCGGCAGUCGAGACUGCGGCUCUGCACGGUGUUCCACUCGAUCAAAAUAUGGCCUACCAAUCUCACUACACCCAGGCCAUUCAAGCAACUUGCUCCUCUCCCCAGGUAGAGAACGUGCUGAUGGCGUGUCUCCUGUUCGCCUGCUGCGAGUUCAUGAAGGGUUCAAUCGGUACGGGUCUACACCACAUCCGGUCGGGCUUGAGUAUCAUCGAUGAGUGGUACAGCUCCAUUCAAGAACCGGAAGUGAAGGCUUCUGACACUGCACGCCUGAUUAUAAACGCAAUAGGCCCUAUCUUCCUUUCCUACAUUGACAAGUCCCCGACUUACGGCUUCGGCGAGAUCACUCUCGACAAGUGUUCCUGCGCCAACAUGAUCGUUCCGAGUAUCGAACUGCCCUAUAUCGCCCCUUUCCAUCACAUCCACGGAGCUCACCAUGCCCUCGAUGGCGUGGCUCAUCAUGUGGCGCGAAUGAUGGAUUGGAAACAGAAGGCUUGGACAGUGUCACGACCAGCACAAAUUCAAAUGCUGUUGGACACCUGGCGUAUGACCUUUGACCGGUUUGAGUCCAGUUUGUCCCUGGCAAAAAGAGAACUCUACGCGGCGGCAUUACCAUUCCUACGGGUCCAACACACAAUGUUAAGUGUGAUGCUUCGAGCUGCUACCAACAAGUCCGAAAGCACAUACGAACAAUUCGAGGAAGAAUUCCAGUGGGUCGUGGAUCGUUAUGAUGAUUUUGCAGUUUUAUGGGCCCGGGAUGAGACUCCCAACUCCUUCGACGGCGCCCUGGGAGAUCUCGACUACCAUAUGGGCUUUAUUCCUCCUCUAUUCUUGACAGCGACGAAGUGUCGCGACCCUGCGAUAAGAAUGGCAGCUCUCAAGCACAUGGGUUCCCUCAGAGUGGAGGAGAACAACUGGACCAGUUGCACGGCAUAUAUAAUUGCGAGAAAAAUCAUACAGACCGAAACAAAAAUGUCCAUCAUCAACAACCGUGUCGGUCGCAAAGACGAACGCGACCUCAUCAGACCCAUCGAGGCGUAUAUCACAGACAAACGCAUGACUCAAGCAGGUCUUGACUAUGCGGUAUUCCCCUUUGACAGGGAAUCUCCCGUUGUUAUGCACGAGACGAUUGAUCUGCUCGACUGCGCAUCUCUAUCAUCUCCAUCCGUACGCUGGCCUUUGACUAGAAUCCUCCGCAUCGGAGGCUACCAGGGAGGAAGUGUAACUCCAGUCCCCACGGACUGCUGCUGCCGCUUCCACUUGUCAAACAAACCAUUACUAUAUCGACCAAAGACAUGAGCACGUCUAGCAUUUCAAUGAUCGCUACUAAUGGUCCAGCUACAAACGGGGAAGAAGACCGGAAGUGAACAUGGCGCGCCUCUCUGAAGGUUCAGCGUCCUCACGGCAGAUAUGACCCGCCCAUGACUGAAGGAGGAAAUGUUAUCCAGUGGCAAGCGGCCGCCGAAGUUGAGACUGCCCUGCCUUCGAUUGCCCGAAAUCCACGUCUGCCGGCAGGACACGUCGGUCGCUGCUGUUGUGUCACCAGAACCAUCACCAGCUGUCGGGGAUCAGAAACCCUUAACAAAAGCUGGCUCAUGAUCGCGCAGGAGCACUGACUCUUGUGCUCCCCUUUCAGGCAAACCCACAGUCAUUACCGCCUCGGAUCUCAAUUUUACAAACGUUGGAUGACGAACUAAUUCUGAUGUUCUCCACAAAAGCAGAGCGCUCCACGAGUACCUCCAAGGCAAUGCCCUCAUGGAACAUGCUUAGUUUACUCGGCUACUCGCAAGCUGCGACGGCCUCAGGAUGCCUAGCCUAUCUAGUCGGGCAUCAACUUCUCGAGAUCGUCAUUGAACACGAGCCCGUACGGCAUACCUGUUGGACCGGUCUGUCUACCUAGUGGAAGAAUCAUGGGUCGGAGCCGAUCAAGACAAGACCGGCCGCUCCGUCCACGGCCCCGAAAUGCUUUUGCUCAGCUCUGAAAAGGGAUUACUGUACGCAAUAACGCAUGGUCAUGAUCAAAAAGACUUUCAUUUCUCUCAGUCGAUCUUGUUUCUCAGACCACUGCUACUGGACCGUCCUCAACCAUCAGAGUGGGGCACGAAGCCUUGUCUUUGGGCCGUGAGAUGACGUCCGACAGGGCUGACCUUUAAAUGGCCCCCAAUCUUCAGCCGCAGCUUUUUUGCUUACACCCUGACGAGGCUAUGUGAUACAUGAAACAGAGAUUGGCGCAUGACGCAUCCCAGCAAGAAGCGCCGAGGGAGAUGAGAGAAUCAUCCGGACGGGGCGCAGAAGCAAAUUAUCGGGUGACGACGGUAGAGCAGGGGUGUGAAGCUCGUAGUAUUCCAAAGCCUUGCUCCGGAAUCAUCUCAUACCGUCGUGGCUUGCGCCACCCACUAUGUAGUACGUAGUCAAUCCGAACCAGUCAGUCCUCGA